GCAAGCACAGAUAAUUAAGAAUUUUUCCUUUAUUUCACCUAUGAGAUUUUAUUAAAAACAUCAGCAAAGUAAAUAUCAUCACCAACUUUCAGAAAUAAGAUGACUGUUAACGGGAUGGAGAGUUAGCAGUGGGUUACUUCCCAAAAUAUAAUUGUUCUCUGGGGUACAUUGGUCAUGUUUCUCCUCCAGUCCUGCUCUCCUUAAACUACAGCAGUACUUGACAUUGAGGAGAAGCCUUCCCAACAGAGGAGCACAUGAGGAGGAAUUUAACCUACCAAUUUUAUUAGUCAGACUUGCCCAGUUGGACUCAGGCUUCAGAGCUCUGUGAGUCCCUUUGCACAGAGAUCGCCGCUUCCCAAACUGCAGGGAUUUUGUUUUAUUUAAUUCUAUAAUAUCUCUUUAUUGGCUACAAAGAUCUGCAGAGCAAAAGGAAAGGGGCUUGAGGCUACUUGCACCAGGAGGCUGUAUAUCAUUUACUCAGGGUCUUAUUAAAAGUAGAAAACCAGAACCUUUAGCUGGAGAUCUUCCCCAACAAGAUGAUGACAGUAUUGAGACAACUGCCGAUAGGCUGUGGGAAGGGAUACCAGUGGCCAGAUUGUGUGAAGGUAUUGAGUGGCCAGGUGCAUGGUGUUGGUCUGGCCCCUGAGGUCUGUUUGGGUGGAAAGGGACAUAAGCCAACAGGAAAGCGAGUUCUUUUCAUACUUUCUGAAAGAACAGUAUUUUUCUCAUAAAAGGGAACGUUUGGGUCCCAAGAGGGUAUGGUCUGAUCUCAGUGACAUUAGAGAUACAGCACACAUUUAUCCUUGGGUUCAGGACUUCGAAUUAAUUUAUGUCAAUUUGUUUCAGAUCUACAGGUCAGAUAUAUCCAGUACCAUCUGGGGCCACUUGGAUUUCCGACUGCCUCCUCUGUAUGCAGCUUUUGUGAAUGGAGUGGCUGUGCACUCAAUGGAUUUUGAUGACACAUGGCAUCCUGCCACACACCCAUCUGGGGCUGUGCUUCCUGCUGUGAUUGCACUCUCAGAGGCCUUUCCUCAGAAGAAAAAAAUCUCAGGUCUUGAUCUGCUCUUAGCUUUCAAUGUGGGAAUCGAAGUGCAAGGCCGGCUGCUGCGCUUCUCCAGCGAAGCCAGGAAUAUCCCAAAAAGGUUUCACCCACCGACUGUGGUUGGUACAAUGGGGAGUGCAGCAGCUUGUGCUAAACUGCUAGCUCUUGACCAGCUGCAAUGUAAAAAUGCCCUGGCUAUCGCUGCCUCCUAUGCAGGUGCCCCACUGGCUAAUGCAGCAACCCAAACGAAGCCCCUCCACGUUGGCAAUGCUGCCAAGCAUGGACUGGAAGCAGCUUGCUUAGCAUCACAGGGCCUUCAAGGAAACAAGCAGAUCUUGGACAUGGAGUCGGGGAUAGGUGCCUUUUAUACAGAUUACAACCCACAGACUCUGCCAACCUUGCAGUCCUAUCCCUGGCUGUUGGACCAGCAAGAUGUCGCCAUCAAACACUUUCCUGCUCACCUUGGAACACACUGGGUGGCUGAUGCAGCAUCUUCUGUUAGGAGGAAGCUUGUGGAGAGCAACAACUUGCUCCCCCUUGAUAAAAUUGAGAAAGUCAUUCUCAGAGUCCCAGAGGUCAAAUAUGUGAACAGACCCAGCCCUACCUCAGAGCAUGAAGCUCGACACUCCUUCCAGUUUGUUGCAUGCUCUGCUUUGCUGGACGGCAGCAUGUCGGUCCAGUCCUUCACUACUGAGAACAUUCACCGUCCAGCCUUGCGGGAGCUCCUCUGCAAGACACAGCUGGAGCACCCUCCUGACAACACACCUAGCUUUGAGAGUCUUUACUGUGAAGUGAGUGUCAUGCUUCAGGAUGCCAACAUGAUCAGCGACCGCUGUGAUACAUUCUAUGGGCACUGGAGGAAACCUCUGAAAAAGGAGGACUUGGAGAAAAAAUUUCAAUCCAAUGCCUCCAGCAUCCUGCCUGCAGAAGCCACGGAAGGCAUUAUAGAGACAGUGUACAAUCUGGAAAAAGUAGAGGACUGUUCUGUGUUAAGUACAUUUUUAUCAGGACAGUCAGCUAGAGCUCUUUCGGAGAAGCUGAGCUUCCUUUGAAUGCUUGAGCCAACAGCAAGACAACGUUCACAAAGCAGACACAAAAUUCAGGGCAAACUCUUUUUUAGUGACUCAAGCACUUUUGAACAGGACUCGUGUAACCCAAGAGCCACACUCAGUCAAAUACUGUGGAGUUUGAGAAAGUAAAUAAUUUAGUGAUUACAUGCACAGCUCAGGCUGAAUAGAAGAUCCUCUGCUGGCAUGAUCGGUGGCACUUCAAGUAUCUUUAUACCUCUAGAGGCAGAGCACUCCUUGUGCAUGACACAAAAACAUCCCCGCUCCUCUGCCAAAAACGUCUGUAUGUUUUGCUUCUGCUAAAUAAUUCCAUAAAGGAAUUUCCAGAGGAGUAUAGAAAUGCUGUGUCUGUGAGAAACACGCCUGCGAGAAGGACAGAGAAUAAAAGCCUUUACGUAUUUAUUUCUGUAGAUUUCGCUCUAAAGCCUCCUUGAAGAAGCCAUCAGUUACGUCUGAACUUUGAUGUUUGUGCUAAAAUAAACAUGGCACACAUAGAAAGUAGUGGCACUCAAUGCUCUGCAAUGUCAGGAGUCGCACUGAUGAGGUAAAAGUUAGUGCCUUUCCUGAUCAUGCAGGCUGCUGAGCAAGAGGCACAACUCAACGCUCCUCAUCGUAAGCGCGUUGUUUCCCAGUCCCCUCUUUUGCCUGCUCUGUGGUACAGGUUUGUUGCUGCUGUAUUCCCACUCCAGGCCUUCGCUCAACAAGACACGAUUAGCACUAGUGGUGACAGGUUUAGAUUACUUCAGGCACUGCAAAGCAUGGACUGCAGUACACUUGUUGUGAGUAGUGACAGAGAUCUUUUAUCGCUUCUUAUGCUGAGACAAUUAAGUGUCCACAGUGACUCUCAGCUUACCUUGAUAACGAAUUCUGGGAAUUUCUAGUUUCUUCAGGAGUACAAAACCUUGCCGGAUUGUGCUUAUUAGAGAGGCUGGCCACCUUUGUUCACAUUUGUGAGAUCAAAGCACGUGUUCUAGAAUAUGUAAAGUGUACCUUCCUUAGGGCACUAAACUAUGCAUGAAAAAAAAUCACAAAAUAAAGCUGGUUCAUUUUACCAA